UUUAGGUUUCAGUUUUGUCACCUCGGGUCAGUCAACUAUAUUUAAUACGAAGACUUUGCUAAAUUUAGUCUAUACAUUCCAGUCCCAAAAAACAAUGAACUCAGUUAAAUUCAGAUUGAUUCAUGUUUAUGUCUAGUGGGUCAAGAGCUAAGAGGAAUAAGAAUAAGAAUUGGGUCAUGGCCGGAGAUUUUUGCCGCAGGUCGCAGGAUUUCAUGGCUAUGUUAAGGAACUUGUCACGUGAAGAGAUUCUUGAUGUUUUGUCUGAAGGUUUAUGUCCCCACUGCGAAGAUGUUAUUGAGGCUCGUGUUUACAAUCUUCAUCAGAGAAGGUUAGAUGAAAUGUCUUUAUCAGAUGUUAAUGUCACAAAAAGUUCUGCAGAAUUCUUGCAUGGAGAAUCAUCAGAUGAUGUAAUUUCACCAAAGAGAAGGCUGAAUUCUUAUGCUCAUACACUCAACUCUUUGCGUUCUCCACAAGUUGCCGAAUCAACUUACUCAGGAAGGCCAAAGGUACUUGUUACACCUUCAUCGAUAAACAACAAACGAUCAGUGUUCAAUCAUUCAAAUUAUGAGAUUCCACUAAGUGAUGGACUUAGUAGGUCAGUCGUAGGCAAUGGUUUAUCGGAGGCUCAGAAAGAGUUAAGUAGAUUUGGCCAAGUUGGUAGACGAAAGGAUUUUAUUUAUUAUGAGAAGGUCAAUGGAAAGGAGACAAAUAUACUUAAAGGGCUUGAGCUUCACACUCGGGUUUUCAAUCCUGAUGAGCAGAGAGAGAUAGUCGAAUUUAUUUAUGCACUUCAGAGAAUGGGACAAAAACGGCAGCUUAGAGCACGAACAUAUUCUGAACCAAGAAAGUGGAUGAAAGGAAAGGGCCGUGUCACAAUGCAGUUUGGUUGUUGUUAUAAUUAUGCUGUGGACAAAGAUGGUAAUCCACCAGGCAUUAUUAGAGAUGAAGAAGUGGAUCCAUUGCCUCCUUUAUUCAAGAAAAUGAUUAGGAGGAUGGUUAGAUGGCAUGUUUUGCCUCCGACAUGUGUUCCCAAUAGUUGCAUUGUGAAUAUUUAUGACGAGGGUGAUUGCAUUCCUCCUCAUGUUGACCAUCACGACUUUGUUCGACCUUUCUGCACAGUGUCCUUUUUGGCAGAAUGUAAUAUACUCUUUGGCACAAGCUUAAAGAUUAUUAAUCCUGGAGAGUUCUCUGGUCCUUUCUCCUUACCUCUUCCUCUCGGGUCGGUGCUCAUUCUCAAUGGUAAUGGAGCUGAUGUUGCUAAACAUUGUGUGCCUAGCGUUCCAGCUAAAAGAAUAUCCAUCACUUUCCGUAAGAUGGAUGACAGAAAAUUGCCGUUUGCAUAUACUCCUGACCCUGAGCUUUCAGCAAUUGAGCCUUUUGUUCCUCCAUCAUUGGACAAGUCAAGAAUUCGACACCACAAAGAUGGUAUAAAUGACAACCAUGAUAAGUCAGAAUAUCAUGCAGAAAGUGGUAAUAAGGGCUUCUCCAAUGAAGAUGAGUUCCCUCCUCUGGGAAAAGGGAAUUCUUCCAACCGUAGAAGUCAGAGAUAAUUUUUUGCAGCAAUUAGGAUGAGCACUACAUAGUACAUCAUUGUAACUUAUAAGCGUAACAUUUGUUGUAUGGUGAACGUCUUACUUUAGUCAUAAAAGUUUAUCUGUUGAAUCCUAAAUUUGAAGUUUGUAUUUUAUAAUAAUUAAGUUGUUUCUCAUAAUA